AUCUGCUAUCUACUAUUGUGAUAGCGAAAAUAAUUGGUUUAUAAGACCCGAAGCCAGUCGGAGAGACCUUUUCUCACCCAACCUUAAAGCCUGUUUCCCCCUUCCCUCUCGUGGGGUGGGGAAUAGAAUAUGAACAGCUUCUUUCCCAGGGUCGUAGAGCAGAUUUCUACGAGGAUUGUUGGAUGCAGUAAGAAAAUCUAGAAACCCUCUCGUGCCGCGCAACAUAUGAUGCAGUCUUCAGGAUACGUGACCAGAAGGAUAGCGUUACCUUGGCUUCUCACAGGACUAAAGCGUGGCUUUAAUCAUAUGAGAAAGCAAAGGGUAAUUGGUCCUCAACUAGAACCUUUGAACUUUGUUCAGGCACAUGAUCUAAAUUGAAUACUAAAUAUUUUAUAAUUCACGUGGAAGCAAAGAUAAGCCUUUAAGCUUAUCUCAGCUCCAGUCCUGCUACAGCAUUGCAAAGAAAUACAUACCGAGGUGAAUCUGACGUUAGCUCUUCCGCAUGCAAACACAAGCAUGGGGAAACAAAUACUCAACAUUUGGAACGGAAUCUUAUUUAUAAGUGUGUUCAUUGUUGGUGACAAUGAUGCCGCAAAUUCCUGUCCCAGUCUCCCAAUAACAUAUGCUUCGGACGGCGAUAACGUUACUCUCUGCUGGCGAAUUACAGUCAACGCCAGUAGUGUGAACCGCUAUAUUAUCAAGGCAUUGAAAAGACCAAUCCAAACCAACAUGGAUGAAGUCGCCUCUGCAAAUGGGACAGGACAUUUUGAAAAGGUAUACGCUAAAGCUCAUGACGGCUUGUACCUCAACAAAGUUACCGUCUUCGCCGAUUUAUCUGCGGGAAUGUUGUACCUCAGAAUCAAAAACUACACUAGAAAGAUGGACAAUGUCUACUGUGUGUUGUACAAUAUGUUAGACGGUACUCCUUUUGAAGCGUGUCACUCUCAAGCGUUGUUACUUCGAAAUGUUGACCACCGUGAAUCCCCAGUACAAACUACCACAACGAUGACCACAGAAACCACCUCGAAAACUACCACGGCAACCAUCACCACGGCGGCUAUCACCACGGCGACUAUCGCCACAGCACCCGCAACUGAAAAUACAGAAAUCACAGAGGUGACAACUGAAGGUUCACCUACUGUCCAGCCUUACAGAACGGCUUUGAUAAUCAUGAGCUGUUUGUUUGCUAUUGCUCUCAUUCUUGCCAUUUUUGGUUUCGUUUUGUGUUGCUGUGCAAGAAAAUCCCAUCAAGCCAACUUAAAAUCCGACAUCCUCGAAGAAACUGAGUCCCUUUAGCUGCAAAUUGAUUCUUCUUUGUUCUUUAAGCUGCAGUAGGUUAAAAUGAAAUCUAGAGCUACGGAAGAGAGAAACAAGUAUUAGAUCCUGAGACUUACAGAAAUAUUUAUCUCAUGAGCUCUUUGGUCAGACAAUGCGGCAAAUUCUUAUUCUGCAACUUUGUAUAUCGCCUUAGCGGAAAAAAAUCAGCUUUUAGAUUCAGGGUGGACGCUUAAAAUAUGCAUUUCAUUGAGACUAACUUGGUUUAGAACUGGUUGUUGCGGUUUGUCGUGGUUUGUUCAAUGUUUAAACAUUGACCUCCAAUUUGCGCCAAAGUAUGUUCGAAAAUUGGUCUGCAGACUUCAUCUCUUCUGAGGAGCCGGCAGUUUUCCGAGAGCGAAGCUUGAGGAAACACGAACUUCAAGAAACAGAUGAUGUCCACGGACAAAUAUACGAGCAUAUUUGCGAGCCAAAUGGAGGCUGAACGGUGUUUAUCAUCCUUCAUAUGUUUCUGCUGCGCGCAAGACAGAAUGUGACAAAUGACUCACCGUCAAAACUUAUACAGCGAACGAUUUGCUUCUUCAGUUUCCUUGCUUUUGAACAAAACGAAGAAGUUUAUUGUAUUGAGCAUCAAGUUUAACAAUUUUGCCAUAUCAUCAAUUAAAGUCUUAAAUAAUUGAGUUAGGUUUUUUCUUAUGAGUUAUCACGGAUUUCUCAUUUCUUUUGUUUUUAUCUUGUAACCAUCAAUUCAACUGCCCCUGUAUCUACACGUAUGUAACUAGCUGUAAGCUGCAUAAACUAUGGUAUAGUAUGUAGUGGUAAAUGAUUUAGGAAUGUUUUAUUCUGUGUUUUCCUAUUCUAACGAAAUCGUAGAUAGUAUAUAGUUGUACCAGGGCCAAUUAUGAUCAGCUAGGUCAGGUUAUACACAUAAAUUUGCCAUUUAUUUCUAACUCUCAAGGAAAGUUACCCGCUCAAUAAACGUGGCCCUCUUUAGUCACGUACAGGGAUAUUUUUCGUGAUGGAUGAAUUUCUUUAUUGACGUGAUCAGUCAGCGAUCGAAAGGCUUCUCGUGAACCGUGAAGAACUUGAAUCAGUAACCGAUAUUUGUGAUUUUACCACCUGAUACCGUCAUUAUUCCACGAGAAUUGAAGCACGAUUCCAUCGAAGAUCAGUUUAGGAAGAUCAGUGGACUGUGACGCCAUGAACACAAUCGUGAGCUAUUGGCAACGAGAGAGUCUGAAAUUUAGGAUGCGGAUUUCGUAACAUCUGUUCGACAACUUUUCAGAAAGGCUGAAUAAAUUAAAUUCUGUCUGCAAA